UGUGGCCCGAGGUGCCAUCCGCCACCUUCUUCACCGCGCUGCUCUCGCUGCUGGUAUCCGGGCCCCGUCUGUUCCUGCUGCAGCAGCCCCUGGCGCCCUCGGGUCUCUCGCUGCGAUCCGAGGCCCUGCGCAACUGGCAAGCCACUAUGGAAGGAGAGGUCAGGAUUACAGCCGAGGAGACGGGCACAAAGAGUGUUAAGUGACACCCACUCAAUCCACCUGAAGCUGUUACAAUUAAUUAACCCUCAAACUGCCCGGUGAGAUAGUCACAGAUAAGACUUGCUCCAGGUCUGGGAAAGAGCAAAGAUUAGACAUCCCCGCCUCUACUUAGAGUCCUGGGUCCUUCGCUGUUGCUCCCCUCUGCUUAUCCCGCUGGCUCCGGGCUGAUUUUCCCUGGCAACGAGAGCCAGCUGCUCCCCGUUUUCCUAGUUUACAGGCUGGUGACCUACAUCUUUGUCUACGAGAAUCCUGUCUCCUUGCUCUGCGGUGCCAUCGUCAUCUGGCGCUUUGCUGGCAAUUUUGAGAGAACCGUGGGCACCGUCCGCCACUGCUUCUUCACCGUGGUCUUCGCCGUCAUCUGUGCCAUCAUCUUCCUGUCGUUUGAAGCCGUGUCAUCGCUGUCAAAGCUCGGGGAGGUGGAGGACGCCCGCGGUUUCACCCCCGUGGCUUUCGCCAUGCUGGGAGUCAACUGCGUCCGCUCUCGGAUGCGGCGGGCCCUGGUGUUCGGCAUGGUUGUGCCCUCACUGCUGGUGCCCUGGCUCCUGCUCUGUGCCUCCUGGCUCAUUCCCCAGACCUCUUUCCUCAGUAACGUCUGUGGCCUGGGAAUAGGGCUAGCAUACGGCUUCACCUACUGCUUCUCCUUUGACGUCCCAGAGCAAGUCGCAAUGAAGCUCGACCAGAAGUUCCCCUUCAGCCUGAUGAGGAGGAUUUCGAUGUUCAAGUACAUCUCCGGCUCUUCAGCCGAAAGGAGGGCAGCCCAAAGCCGGAAGCCGAACCCUGUGCCCGGCUCCUACCCCACACAGAGUGGCCACCCUCACCUGACCCCGAACCACCCUGCCGCCCAGAUGCAGCACGCCAGUGGCCAGAAACUGGCCUCCUGGCCAUCGUGUGCUCCUGGGCACAUGCCCAGCCUGCCUCCGUACCAGCCUGCCUCCGGCCUGUGCUACGUGCAGAAUCAUUUUGGCACAACCCCCAACUCCUCUGGUGUCUACCCAGCUUCUGCGGGUGCCUCCCUGGGAGUCCAGCCCCCCGCCCCCCUCAACUGCCCUGGCACCGUGUAUUCCGGGGCCCUGGCCACUCCAGCCGCCACAGGCUCCAAGGAGUGCUCAAGGGUCCUGAUGCCCUGAGUGUUUCCAGGGACGCGGUCUCCCCUCUUGGCCUUCUCAAAAAGGGCCUCUCUGAGCUGAGAUUUUCUUGACACGAAGUUAUUUAUUGGACACCUCUAUGUGCCACGCUCUGUGUUGAGUAUUUUGAUAUGUGUUCCUGUUCAGUCUCCUUUAUCCUCAUGACAGCUUCGUGAAGUACAGUGGUCCCCACUUCCCAGAUGCAGAAAGCAGGGCGCCCAGUGAGGACGCGUGGCUCUCGUGGCACAGCUGGGGGCGCUUGGCUUCAGGCCCAGGCCCCUCCCACCCACUUCCCCCCGACAAAGAAGCCCCGGAGCAGGGGGAUCGGUUGCCAGUGGCUCCCCCCAGCUCUCGGUUCCUUCCUGUCCUUGCGCACAGCUCCCUUGGUUACCCCGUGUCUGUGUGUCCGUGCGUCCGUGUGUGCCCUCGGGAGCGCCCUGUUGGUGUGCUGGCCGGUCCCAGGGCCUGUGCAGUGACGCCCCCACCACCCAGACUUCUGCCCCAGGGCUGGUGAGACGGGCCUGCGUGCGCCCCAGCCGGAUGCUGACGGUCCGUUGCGUUGGUUACAUUUGUAUAAAGAAACUGCCUCCAACCUGC